AUGCUCGCUGUAUGGUACGGUGCUGGGGAAAUUUCUUGGUUAUUGUUACCUCUUUGUGUGCAAGCUGCCACGGUGACUUAUACAGUACCUUCUACAGCACCUACCAGUGCAGCAAAGCUUGCUCCUGCUCCUGUUGGAUUAUCGUUCGAAUUCUUUGCAUACCCCUCAUACUUCAUAAAUGUUACUGCCACAAACCAGUGUUUGGCGAACUUUAAAGAUUUGAGUGGAACAUGGCCUCCUAUUCGGAUUGGUGGUACUACGCAAGAUCGUGCAACCUAUGAUCCGAGUACAAGUGCAUAUGUUGUCUAUACUGUUAAGUCACCUGUCGACGCACCGGCUUCGUUGACAUUUGGUCCUAAUCUUAUGAAACUUGCUUCUACAUAUCCUGGCACUGUUGUAUUAGGACUUAAUCGUGGCCAUAAUGAUAUCUCAAAUACCAUUGCCGCAGCACAAUCUGCAAAAGGUAGUAUGAGAAACUUGAAAGCCAUUGAACUUGGCAAUGAACCAGAAUAUUACUCCGGCGUCCAACCCAUCGCAUCCCCCUCCUGGUCCCCUACUAUCGACGCUGCGUCCCAAAACACCUGGGACAUACAAGUUGGAACCGCCCUCCAAUCCACCAAUAUCAUUCAAGCCGGAAACUCAAACGCCUCACCACCAACUUGGGGAGCCGCCGAACUUAUCGCUAGUGGAAAUGUCACUGUAAGAACUUAUGUCAGAGAUUAUGCACAUCAUAAUUAUCCAGGAGGUACUCUUCAGCGUUUGAUGAGCCACAGUGGGAUUGUUAGUAAUCUGGCACCGAUUGGGACGGAUGGUAAGGCUGCCAAUGCUGUGGGGAAGGAAUAUGUAUUGGGGGAAACGAAUUCUGUUGCUGGAGGUGGUGCGGCAACUGUAUCACCAACUUUUGGUGCAGCCAUCUGGACCCUCGACUAUACUCUUCAAGCAACCACACUUAAUAUCACUACCAUCUAUUAUCAUCAUGGAACCAUCGGUGCCUGUUACUACUGUUGGUGGGGUCGAUACGAUGCUGGUGCUCCUUAUUACGGAGCCUGGCUCGCAGCAGCUGCUUUCGCUGGAUCCUCCUACAUCCAACAAGUCGAUUCUGGAAAUACAAACUAUGGUAUUUAUGUACUAUAUAAUAGUAACAAAGUCCCAUCCAAAGCAGUAUUGAUCAAUAGUGAUUACUUUAACGGGACAGGAACAAGAGGUAGUGAAACAUUUGUCCUCAGAGGGCUAACAGCUGGAAAAGCCACGAAGGCUAAGAGGUUGACGGCGGGGGGUGCGUUGAGUAGGGUUGAUCAGGGAUCUAAUCCGUCGUUUGGGGGACAGAUCGUUGCUAAUGGGACUUGUGUUAUUGGGGGGAAAGAAACGUUUGAAAGUGGAACGGUAGGAAGUGCAGGUACGGCAAGCUUUACAGUUGCGGCGAGUGAGGCUUUGUUGAUUUAUUUUUAA